AUGGCGGCACCGCCAUUGGUGUCGCCCGCGGCGCUGGCCGCCCUGGAGAGCGAAGGCUGGCACGUCUCCCCGCACGCGCUGCUCGCACUGCUCGCCGCGAAACCCCCCUCCGCGGACGGCGGCGCACCGGAUCCGCAAGCCCCCGCCUCCGCCGCUUCCGCGUCCUCGGCCGGGCAGCCACUUGGCGCGCCGCAGAGCGCGCCGAUGUCGGCGCAGCAGGUGCGCGCGGCGGCGCUAGACCUGGACCUCCGGCGGUUCGGCGAGGCGUGCUUGCCGGACGACGUGAACCGCGCCGAGUACCGCCGCCUGUCGGGGAGGCUCGUCGUGCAGGUAGUGUCAGCCGUGAAUGUGUGCGAGCCCAAAGGCGGGGAGGACGCUGAGUCAGCCGCCGCUGCUGCUGACGAGGACGACCGCUGGGAUGACGACAACAAUCCGCCCGCCCCCACUGCUCCCUCUGCUGCUGCUGCUUCCGCUGUUGGUGUGGAUGGGCUGGGAGGGCGAGGUGCUGUGGGUGGCAGUGGGGGGCGAAGGCUGCUGCGCGUUCGGGUGACGGACGGCAAGAGGAAUGCGAGUGCUGUGGAGAUGCACCCCUGCCCGCACGUGCCCGCUGCUCUCGCUCCAGGCACCAAGCUGCUCAUCACGGCCCCCACCAUCCGCCACGGCUUCAUCCUGCUGGACCCUCACUCUGUGCAAGUGCUGGGCGGCCGUGUCUCCCCCCUCUACGACGAGUGGGACAUGCAGCGACGCUACUCCCUCCUCCCCGGCCUCACCCCCUCCGCCGCCGCCUCCUCCUCUGGCCACUCUGCCCGCUCCGCCCGUGCCUCCCCCGCCUCCUCCUCCUCGCUCUCCGCCUCCUCUCUCCCUGGUGCCUCUGCCGGCCCGCCUCCCUUCCGCGGGGUCACAGACGUGCGCCUGCAAGCAGCGCCAGCUGUCACGACUGCCACCACACCUGCCGGCACACAUGAGUCUGGAGCAGCAGGCGGGGGGCCGGCAGGAGGGCGUGGGGGUGAGGCCAGUGCUGCCGGCUCUGCCCCUGCAGCAGCGGCAGCAACGGGAGCAGCAGGUAGUGCAGUGAGAGAAGGGGGGGGAGGGUCGGCAGAGGCGGGGGAAGCAGGGGCAGCAGCAGAGGCAGCGAGGGAGAGGGCGGUGGAGCGGGCGAGAGUUGAGGCUGCUGCUGCUCUCAAACACGCUGCUCCCCACGACAGGAGCGCUUCCAGGAAGCUUCUGGAGAAGAUGGGGGAGGAGCAGGGGCGAGGCAGGGGCAGGCGGGGUGGGCGUGGGGGAAGGGGGAGGGGGAGGAGGGGCCGGGAGGAGGAGGAGGAGGAGGGGACGAUGACACUAGAGGAAUAUGAGGCGAGGAAGGCUAUGGGGACGCAAGGAGGGGGACGAGGGUUGCACACCCUUUGCUCUGCUCUUCUUUGUCCCUUUUCCUGUGGCCGCUCCAUACCCACUCGCUCGUUUACCCACUCUCAUGCCCCUCCAUCUCCUGCCGUCACCCCUCCAUCUCCUGCCGUCACCCCUCCAUCUCCUGCUGUCACCCCUCCAUCUCCUGCUGUCACCCCUCCAUCUCCUGCUGUCACCCCUCCAUCCCACUGUCACCCCUCCAUCACUGCACACGCAGCCCACACGCAUCCACACGCGCACCACACGCCUCCCACUGCCACGUCAGCAUCGGAGCAGCUGCGCCAAUCACUGUUCAGCUUCCAACCAGCAGCUGAGCCCGAGGGGAGCUACGAAGGGGGCAGGGGCGGGCGGGGCAGACGGGGGAGGAGGGGCGGAGGGUUUGGAGGGAGCAGCAGUGGCAGAUACGGGGGUAGAGGGGGAGGGAGAGGAGGCAGAGGAUGGUAA